AUGGUUCUAAUCUUUGAGCAUAUUAAAGCUAAUCAAAUCGCCCACCCCCAGCUUUCUGUCUUUGAAUCUAAGGAGGAAGGGUCAGAUUCUGAAUUUUCUGUGGGUGAGGAUUCUAUCGGUGAUUUGAAAAGUAAGAUUGAGGAGAGCCUGGAGGACUCUAAGGUUGAAUUGGAGGUCUCUGAGGACUUUGAAAAGGAUGACUCUCCAUCCCCUCAGAAGAAGAAACCUAAAUCUUCUUUUCAGAACAGGAAAAAGCAGAAAAGGCAGGACAAUUCUGAGUCAGAGAUGAAGGACAAAGAGCAGAGAAAGGAUUCAGAUGUGGACCUAAAAGUUGAGGAGGAGAUUAUGGGGGAUGGUUUCAACCAAAGUGUUGAUGGUGAUGCCGAACAGAAAACCAGUGGUGAAGACCCCGAAACUGAGUAG